GUUUUCCGGGCCUCCAGACGCGACGCCGCACCGCGCCGAGGUCGGGCAGGAAAAGGAGGCUGCGGAGCGGCGGCGGUAGGCCGCUGUCGGCUGCGCCGGCUGGGCCCACAGGAAAGGCCGUGGAGGUAUUACCUCAUUUGGAAAGCCUUGGGAAUCAGGAUAAGCCUCACAACAAAAUGUCAGCUUUACGAAGUCAUUGUCCACAUUUGGAUUCAGUUGGUGAAAUAACAAAAGAAGAUUUGAUACAAAAGUCUCAUGGUACUUGUCAGGACUGUAAAGUCAGAGGACCAAAUCUUUGGGCAUGCCUGGAGAAUCGGUGUUCAUAUGUUGGCUGUGGUGAGUCACAAGUCGAUCACAGCACCAUACAUUCUCAGGAGACAAAGCAUUACCUAACUGUGAACCUUACCACUCUUCGAGUAUGGUGUUACGCUUGCAGCAAAGAAGUAUUUUUGGAUAGGAAAUUAGGAACUCAGCCUUCAUUGCCUCAUGUGAGACAGCCUCACCAAACACAAGAAAACAAUGUCCAGGAUUUUAAAAUACCUACUAAUACAACAUUAAAAACUCCUCUGGUUGCUGUAUUUGAUGAUCUUGAUAUAGAAGUGGAGGAAGAAGAUGAACUUAAGGCAAGAGGUCUUACAGGUUUGAAAAAUAUUGGAAAUACUUGUUACAUGAAUGCAGCUUUGCAGGCUCUUUCUAAUUGCCCACCUCUGACACAGUUUUUCCUCGAUUGUGGAGGACUAGUUCGAACAGAUAAGAAACCAGCAAUUUGUAAAAGUUAUCUCAAACUUAUGACAGAAUUGUGGCAUAAAAGCAGGCCAGGGUCUGUUGUACCUACUAAUUUGUUUCAAGGAAUUAAAACUGUAAAUCCUACAUUUCGGGGAUAUUCUCAACAGGAUGCUCAAGAAUUUCUCCGGUGUUUAAUGGAUCUCCUUCAUGAAGAAUUGAAAGAGCAAGUCAUGGAAGUAGAAGAGGAUCCUCAAACUAUAACCCCUGAGGAGACCAUGGAAGAAGAUAAGAGCCAGUCGGAUGUGGAUUUUCAAUCUUGUGAAUCAUGUAGCAGCAGUGAUAAAGCAGAAAACGAAAAUGGCUCAAAAAGCUUUUCUGAAGAUAAUAAUGAAACAACAAUGUUAAUACAGGAUGAUGAGAACAAUUCAGAAUUGUCAAAAGAUUGGCAAAAAGAGAAGAUGUGCAAUAAGAUUAAUAAAAUGCAUUCGGAAGGAGAAUUAGAUAAAGAUAGAGAUUCUGUGUCUGAAACAGUCGACUUGAACAACCAGGAGACUGUGAAAGUGCAAAUACAGAGCAGGACUUCAGAAUAUAUCACUGAUGUCCAUGUGAAUGACCUGUCUACAUCACAGAUUGUUCCUUCCAAUGAAAGUGCUAAUCCACGUUUAUCAACAAGCCCUCCUAAAUCAGGAAAUUUGUGGGCAGGAUUGACACCCACACACAAAAAAACUCCAUCUGCAUCUCCUAAGAGAAAGAAACAGCACAAGAAAUACAGAAGUGUUAUUUCAGACAUAUUUGAUGGAACAAUCAUUAGUUCGGUACAGUGUUUGACUUGUGACAGGGUGUCUGUAACCCUCGAGACCUUUCAAGAUCUGUCCUUGCCAAUUCCUGGCAAGGAAGACCUUGCUAAGCUGCACUCAUCAAGUCAUCCAACUUCUCUAGUCAAAGCAGGAUCAUGCGGCGAAGCUUACGCUCCACAGGGGUGGAUAGCUUUUUUCAUGGAGUAUGUUAAGAGGUUUGUUGUCUCAUGUGUCCCUAGCUGGUUUUGGGGUCCAGUAGUAACCUUGCAAGAUUGUCUUGCUGCCUUCUUCGCCAGAGAUGAAUUAAAAGGUGAUAAUAUGUACAGUUGUGAAAAAUGUAAAAAGUUGAGGAAUGGAGUAAAGUUUUGUAAAGUGCAAAAAUUUCCUGAGAUUUUAUGCAUUCACCUUAAAAGAUUCAGACAUGAACUGAUGUUUUCUACCAAGAUCAGCACCCAUGUUUCAUUUCCACUGGAAGGUCUGGAUCUUCAGCCGUUUCUGGCUAAAGAUAGUCCAACUCAGAUUGUGACUUAUGAUCUUUUGUCUGUCAUUUGUCACCAUGGAACUGCAAGUAGUGGACAUUAUAUAGCCUAUUGCCGAAAUAAUUUAAAUAAUCUCUGGUAUGAAUUUGAUGAUCAGAGUGUCACUGAAGUUUCAGAAUCUACUGUGCAAAAUGCAGAAGCCUAUGUUCUUUUCUAUAGGAAGAGCAGUGAAGAAGCACAGAAAGAGAGGCGAAGAAUAUCGAAUCUGUUGAACAUAAUGGAACCAAGCCUCCUUCAGUUUUAUAUUUCUCGACAGUGGCUAAAUAAAUUUAAGACCUUUGCAGAACCUGGCCCUAUUUCUAAUAAUGAUUUUCUCUGUAUUCAUGGAGGUGUUCCUCCACGGAAAGCUAGUUUUAUUGAAGACCUUGUUUUGAUGCUGCCUCAGAACAUUUGGGACAAUUUAUAUAGCAGGUAUGGAGGAGGACCAGCUGUCAAUCAUCUGUACAUUUGUCACACUUGCCAAAUUGAGGCAGAGAAGAUUGAAAAACGAAGAAAAACUGAAUUGGAAAUUUUUAUUCGGGUAAAAAAACUUAACAGAGCAUUUCAAGAAGAAGACUCUCCUACUACUUUCUAUUGCAUCAGUAUGCAGUGGUUUCGAGAGUGGGAAAGUUUUGUGAAGGGUAAAGAUGGAGAUCCUCCAGGUCCUAUUGACAACACUAAAAUUGCAGUCACUAAAUGUGGUAAUGUGAUGCUCAGACAAGGAGCAGACUCUGGUCAGAUUUCUGAAGAAACAUGGAAUUUUCUGCAGUCUAUAUACGGUGGAGGGCCUGAAGUCAUCCUGCGACCUCCAGUCGUUCAUGUUGAUCCCGAUGCACUACAAACAGAAGAAAAAAUUGAAGUAGAAACGCGAUCUUUGUAAUUUUGAAAAUACAGAGAGUUCUAAGGAGAACUAAUUUUCAUUUCCUCUGACUCACACACAUGCAAAAACAUUCCUAAAGCAUGUUUUUUUCCCCUUUUUUUCCUCUUUUAUCUCAUUUACUUCUUACUGGGCAUUAUGAAAAGAUAUGCUAGAGAAUAUGUAAUAUACUACAGGUUGGUAUAUUUAAAGCUAAAUAAUGUCUUUCAUUAUAAUAUUUUUGCAAGAGACGGGACAGUUGUGAUUAAUUGGUAGAUUAGUUGAUUAUGUUUGUUCUUUAUACUACAUGUAGAUGCAUAGCAUCCUUUGUAGUGUUGUAAAUACUUUUGCUUUAAAAAUUUUUCAUUAUUCAGAACCACCAUAACUGACCAAUCUUUUUAGUUAUUUAGAAACCUAAUUUAAUUGUAUAGUUUUGACAAGGCUUUGUAUUAGAAAUAGCCUAUUUUACAUUGAGAGUAAUAGACAGUUCUUGUUGGUUUCCUAAAGCUCAGGAAAUGUUAGGGUGUCACUUCUUUUGCACUGCAGCAUAUAAACUAGCAUAUUAAAAUUUAUUGUCUUUUGAAUGUACUAAGGAUGUAUUUAGUUUGAAUAGAAUUUGUCAGCAGAUUUCAUUAAUUUAUUGCUGCUUAUGAUGUAAAAUGUUAACCUUAAUCCCCAAUCCUGGAUAGUACUUAUUCAUGUUAGUAGCUAAAAAACUUAGUUUUAGGGCACCUUCUAUUUUGAGAGCAUGAAAUGUGGAAUGUGUCAUUGAGAUUGUUACAAAGCUCAAGCCACUUGCAAAGUGAUUUUUUAAUGCAUAAAUUCUUUUUGGAUAAUAAUAUGCACUGCUAUUUGCUUGGUUAUGUAAUGUCAGAAGUUUCACUAUAUUCCCAAGUACAAAAACAUGUUAGUUAAAUUGAGGAUGUUGAGAAGCAUUCAUGAUAGCUUUGUUUUGGUCUGGAGCAGAUGCCACCAGCUAAAAGCAACAUUGUCAAAUUUAGUUCAAUAAAAUGAUUUUAAAA